GCAACACUCUUGUCAUAUUGCCCACUACCCCUCCCCCACCACCAAUACCACCAUCCUCUUUUUUUACCCACAAUGUUUCCAUGGCAACCUCAGUUAGCGAAGAAGAGAGCCCUUCCAAGUGUGAGAAUAUCUCUUUGUAAGGCACGGCAAGCUGAUGAUAGUUCUUGGGUAAUAUGGUUCAUACUCCAUGAUGCUAUACUGUAAAUGUUUGAUCCAGCUUUUUCUUUACCGAUUUGUCUUCGAUUAGCUUCACUUGAAGUAGGCUAUGACCACUGUAAAUAUUCUGACCAUUUUUUUAAGAGCAGAGGCUUUCCAACUGCUAUUGCUAAGAAAUACUAUCAAUAAGCCUGUGGAAAAUGCAUAGCCUGACGACUCAAACUAAAUUAAUCAACUGCUAUAUGCUCGCUACAUUCUUCAGUCUGAGAUUGCCAUCAUUGAAGUCGUUUGUGGUGAUGAGGGGCGUUGUACAAAACAAAGUCAUCAGCGAUUGGAUUGUCUAUAACCAAUCAGAGUGUCAAAGUCAAUGACACGUUUUCAAACCGCCUCUUUACCCACAUGUGUUGUAGUUCUGGCCCAACCCAUCGGUUUCUGGACCAAUCAGAUGCUCCCAAUGUGUCCGCAUUCUGUGAAGUGUUGGGGAGGUAGUCAGAUCUAGACUCAUUGCUUAGAAGAAACUAACGUCCGUGGGCGUGGCAUAGAGUUUGGUCAGAGCAAGGAGUCUGGGUAGUCAGGAAAGACUUUAAGGGUGUGAUAUCUAUCAAGAAAUUACACACAUAGAUGAACAAUUGGACUGCCCAGAAUUUGACUUUCUAACAUAUUUUAAUGAAGGGCACAAACACAUGGAAAAGUUAACAUGCUCAGUGAGCAUUAUAAAGGACAGAUUACAAAUUGUGCAUCCCAAAUAGCACCUUAUUUCCUACAUAGUCCACUAUUUCUGACCAGUGCCCUAUGGGCCCUGUUCAAAAGUAGCAUACUAUAUAGAGAAUAUGGUGCCAUUUAAGACGCAGACAAGACUAUAAGGCUAACAGGGACCUCAUUAACCAGCGGUCCUUUAACUGAAGCAUCAUUAUGAGCAACAUAGUAGAAAGAGUGAGAUGGGAGAGAAAGACAGACAGACAGACAGACAGACAGACAGACAGACAGACAGACAGACAGACAGACAGACAGACAGACAGUGUGUGUGAGAGAGAGAGAUAAAAAGUAUAUGAAGAAUUAGUAAAAAUGGGAGAAUGAAGGUAUUUAAAUGUCUUAGAGUGAGAUGGCAGUAGAAUGGGGUGCUGUGAAAUCCAUGCAGAGUAGUAAAAUAAUCCAGUGCUUCUUGUCUCCAACAUGUAUGUAAUCACGCACGUACACACACACACACACACACACACACACACACACACACACACACACACACACACACACACACACACACACACACACACACACACACACACACACACACACACACAGUGGCUUGCCGAGGAAGGGUGACACACUCACUCAUCUGUUGAGAUGGCUGACAGUCUGGUUGUGUGGCCCAAGACAAUUUGCAGGGAUGAAGUGCUGCUUGAGGAAUGCGCCGAGAGCCAUGACAGCCAGUAGCCAGUCUUUAAGAUAGAGAGCUCUUAUAGAAGGGCUGUAAAGCAACCUUUAAAGGUUGUUGAAAGAUUGAUGGGGAAAUGAAGCCAUCUAUUCCCUUUACACCUUAAACUGGACUGGAGGUAGAGAGGAAAGUCUGGAUGUUCACAUCCUCCUCCCAUGAGAAGUAGGAGCAAAAAGCAUCUGUGAUAGUUUGGAAUAAAUUAUUUUAUUGUAUUUUAAAGGGGGAAAAAUACUAUUUGAAUUACAAAUGUGAAUUAAUUAUUUUUAUGACUGAAAUGCCACAAUAUUGAUGCACUGUAACAUGAAUAAUGAUAUAUUGUUCCAUCUUCUCUCCUCCACUUGCAAUGAGUAACCAAGAUGCCACGAGUGUCGAGAGAGGGCUCUAGAGCGAUCCACCUCACCCAGCCCCAGCCCCUGUAAGAACCUCCUGUGUCCCACUCCUCUACCCACCACCCACUACACUGAUCUCAGCUACCUGAACUGACCAUGCCCACCUCCGGCCUCCUCUGUCCUGGGCUCUGGGCCAAGGCUGCCCCAUGGUGGUCCCUCCACCUGCUCCUCUUUGACUUGCUCGUUCCAGAGGCCCUGCCCAGCCCUAACAACAGAUUCCCUCCUUCCACCAAGAGGGAGAUCACCAUCGAUGGGGACCUGGUGAUCGGUGGUCUGUUCCCGGUGCAUGAGAAGGGCGAGGUGGCGGAGGACUGUGGGAAGAUCAACGAGCAGAGAGGGAUCCAGAGACUAGAGGCGAUGCUGUUAGCUCUGGAUGAGAUCAACGCGGACGAGCGGCUGCUGCCGGGACUCAGGCUGGGAGCCCACAUCCUAGACACCUGCUCUAAGGACACCUACGCUCUGGAGCAAAGCCUGGAGUUCGUACGAGCCUCCCUCACCAAGGUGCAUGAGCCGGGGUUCAUCUGCCCAGACGGAUCCAACCCCAUCCAGGAUGACGUCCCUCUGGCCAUAUCUGGAGUCAUCGGGGGCUCCUACAGCGACGUGUCUAUCCAGGUUGCCAACCUCCUCCGCCUCUUCCAGAUCCCUCAGAUCAGCUAUGCCUCCACCAGCGCCAAGCUCAGUGACAAGUCUCGCUAUGACUACUUCGCCCGCACCGUGCCACCUGAUUUCUACCAGGCCAAGGCCAUCGCUGAGAUCCUGCGCUACUUCAACUGGACCUACGUGUCCACUGUGGCAUCUGAGGGCGACUACGGCGAGACGGGCAUCGAUGCCUUCCAGCAGGAGGCCCGCGCCCGCCAAAUCUGCAUCGCCACCUCGGCUAAGGUGAGCCGCUCGAUGAACCGGUUCAGCUACGACCAGGUGAUCCGCUCGCUGCAGCAGAAGUCCAACGCCAAGGUGGUCAUCCUGUUCACACGCAGUGAGGAUGCCAGGGAGCUGCUGGUGGCUGCCGCUCGCAUGAACAGCACCUUCACUUGGGUGGCCAGCGAUGGCUGGGGGGCGCAGGAGAGCGUGGUGAGGGGAAGCGAGACAGCAGCAGAGGGGGCCUUCACCAUCGAGCUGGCCUCCUACCCCAUCCGGGAGUUUGCAGACUACUUCACCAAGCUGAACCCUUACACUAACACACGGAACCCCUGGUUCAGAGAAUUCUGGGAGCACCGCUUCGACUGUAGUCUCACAGAGCCUGGUUGUAGCGAACACAGUCUGCGGGAUGGCAAGUUUGAGCAGGAGUCCAAAAUCAUGUUUGUAGUCAACGCGGUGUAUGCUAUGGCUCAUGCCCUGCAUAAUAUGAGGCAGGCGGUGUGCCUACCCAAUGCCACCAAGAUAUGCGAUGCCAUGAAACCAGGCACUGGGAAGAGGUUCUAUAGAGACUUCAUCCUCAAGGCCAAGUUUGAUGCUCCCUUCAGACCUGCGGACACGGAGAACAUGGUGCGUUUCGACGCCUACGGAGACAGUCUGGGCCGCUACAACAUCUUCCACUACCACAAAGAGGAGGAUAAAUACGUGUACAGGAAGGUGGGCUACUGGGCCCAGGGCCUCAUCCUAAACACCAGCCAGGUGCCAUGGAGGGGCCCGGGCGAGGGGCCCCCCACCUCCCAGUGCAGCGACCCCUGUAGGAAGAACGAGGUGAAGAGCAUGCAGCCUGGAGACGUGUGCUGCUGGAUCUGCAUCCCCUGCCAGCCCUACCAGUACCUGCUGGAUGAGUUCACCUGUGCAGACUGUAGCUUUGGACAGUGGCCCCAGGCCAACCUGACAGGCUGUUUCGACCUGCCAGAGGAGUACAUCCGCUGGGAGGAUGCCUGGGCUAUUGGGCCGGUCACCAUCUCCUGCCUGGGCAUGUUGUGUACCCUCUCCGUGGUGGGCCUAUUCUUCAAACACAACGACACCCCAGUGGUCAAAGCCAGCGGGCGGGAGCUGUCCUACAUCCUCCUGCUGGGGGUCCUGAUGUGCUACAGCAUGACCUUCAUCUACAUCGCCAAGCCCUCCACGGCUGUGUGUACCCUACGUCGACUCGGCCUGGGUACCUCCUUUGCCGUGUGCUACUCGGCGCUCCUCACCAAGACCAACCGCAUUGCGCGGAUUUUCAGCGGGGUGAAGGACGGGGCCACGCGGCCAAGGUUCAUCAGCCCGGCCUCCCAGGUGGCUAUCUGUGGUGGGCUGAUCUCCUGUCAGCUCCUGGUGGCCUUGGUCUGGCUCCUGGUGGAGAUGCCUGGCGUCAGGAAGGAGGUGAGCCCCGAGAGGAGGGAUAUAGUCACCCUGAAGUGCAACAGCAAGGACUCCAGCAUGCUGGCUGCUCUGGCCUACAACUGCAUCCUCAUCGUCCUCUGCACGGUCUAUGCCUUCAAGACCAGGAAGUGCCCCGAGAACUUCAACGAGGCCAAGUUCAUUGGGUUUACCAUGUACACCACCUGUAUCAUCUGGCUGGCCUUCCAGCCCAUCUUCUACGUAACGGCCAGCGACUACAGGGUUCAGACAACCACCAUGUGCAUCUCUGUCAGUCUGAGUGGAUCGGUGGUGCUGGGCUGUCUCUUUGCUCCUAAGGUCCACAUCAUCCUAUUCCAGCCCCAGAAGAACGUGACAACGCUGAGAGUGGCUGCCAACCGUUUUGGGGCCACGGUCAAAUCAGCAACGGUGUCUGACCCCAGCUCCAGCUGCUGGAAAGGUAACGUCUCUAUCACUGCAUCAGCCUCUACCAGUGUGCCAACAGCGGUAACAACAGUCUGUAAUGGUCGUGAGGUAGUGGACUCCACUACGUCCUCUUUGUGAAGAAGGUUGAGCUGCUUGUAUCAUUCCUCUGUCCUGAGAACAACACAAAUCACAAUUCCAUCCCCUCUCGUACAACAAGGCUGCUGUCAUAUCUAAGUCCCAUUUACAGUAGAGACCAGUAGAGUCUGUCUAUUUGGACAGAGGGAGGCCAGGAUGCACUUAACUGUGAAAGCUAAAUAAUGUGACUAUACUUAGGAGUGUGCCGUAAUGUAGGACUGUAAAGCAUUUUUGUAUAGAUUUAACAGUAUGUGAUUGAUUUGACUUGGUUUGAAGAUAGACUCGUGGUUGAAUGCACUGCUGUAUGCCUUGCUGUCAGUACAGAGAAUCAGUCUUAUGAAUGAGGUGGUUCAUGUGAAGCGAUCAUGGUGUCAUAACAAAAGGUUGAUCUUAUCUUGUCCUUACAGUGCUGUGAAUGCGAUAUCAAAAUAUUAUUUUUCUUUUUGACUAGAAUAUUAUUAAUACAUAACACUUAUUGAAUUAAUUUGACCCCUUGUUUUUAAACUACAUUUGAAUGAUAUGAGAUGAAUCAUAGUGAAAGUGAUGAUUAAAAACUAGCCUACUAUCAGUAUAAAGGACAAUGUUUUAAUGUAGACUUCGGUGAACCAGUUUGUGCUUUCUUGUAAUUUAUGUAAAUAAAUGGUGUUAUUUUUUAAUUAUUAAAACAUAAAAUGCUAUUGUGUAUUUUGUUCAGAGAAGUCUCUAGGCAGUUUUGGCUCAACAGGAUGGAUUAAAGCAACCAUUGCCCGAUGGGUAUUUGUACAUACAUCAAGCGUUCCGGGAAGAAGCAGUCUACACUAGUGUUUCUCAACCUCAUUUUUGCCAGGGACUGGCAAGCUCGGGUCCUUCCUCAUUUGGGGACUGCUUAAAUUACAACUAGCAAUGGACUAAAUCAGUGUUAUUAGCUAACCGUCUCAAGACACCAGUGAACAUCAUCCCUGCCCAGGGACCUAGAGAAACAUUGCACCCAAUCUGUUUGAAAUGACUAUUGGAUGUAACAUCUACAUGCCUACAUAUUCUCUCUCACAGUGGUUUCUGAGACAGCACCAAUGAACUGUAGAAGAGCAGCUAGCUUGUCUUAAUCACCUCACAUUUCUUCUCCUUUCCUUAACCCGUGUGGUGAUCAUGUUUUUGUUAUUCACCCAAUGUUCGCGGGUCUGAUGGAUAUAUGUAAAAAUACUUAGUUGACAUAUCAAUUAUAUCAAUUAUGUGUACUGUG